UCCCCUGACCCAGUAUUUAAAGCAGAAGAUGACUUCACUGCGCUUCACACAUCACUUGACUGAACAGUGACUACAAUGAGCAUCUUUUGGUUUAUAACUACACUGCUACUGCUGCACUCCUGCACCCCAGGUGUCGGCAUGGAUCAUGGUAUCGUUGGCGGUAAGGUGUCCGUUCCACACAGCCACCCAUACAUGGUCUACAUUCGUGACUCACAAACAAAAACACCAUGUGGUGGAUUUUUGAUAAGAGAAGAUUUUGUGUUAACUGCCGCCCACUGUAACAGAAAACAUCUCAUGGUGUAUUUGGGUGUUGAUGACACGAACCGUUUACCUGAGGGUAUACCAGUCUUAGCCAUUCCACAUCCAGAUUUUGUGAACAAGAAAGGUGAUGAAGACAUCAUGCUACUAAAGCUUAAAACAAGAGCAACUUUGAACAGGAAUGUGAAAAUCAUUGGCCUGCCAAAAACUAAGGGAGAGGAGAUCCCCAAAAACUGCAUGGCCAUGGGUUGGGGCUGGGAAACAUACACUCGCGUGUCUCCAUCAAAUGUCCUGAGAGAAGUAAACCUGACUCUUCUUCCAAACUGUGCCACACCUGACCUUUUAUGCACUCUGGGAAAAGCCGGGCCAUACCGGGGAGACUCUGGCGGUCCACUUAUUUGUGGAAAUGUCCCACACGGCAUUGUGUCUUACUACAAUGAGAUUGAGUCUACAACGAUGUAUACUAAAAUCUCUCACUACCUUCAAUGGAUUCAUGAAACCAUGAGAGGACCUUUUUAAAGCAACAUAAACCAUGGAAGGCAAAGCUGGAUCAACUCAACAUUUUAAUAUGAAAGCAUGUCUGAUUUAAGUUCUUCUGCAUUUUUAUGUACCUAAUUGAAAUAAAAGCAAACCUUUAUCAUUACACAA